AUAAGCGCGAAGGUUGCUGGGACAGUGGUCGUGGGCGGCCUCUCCGAGCCGCGCCAGCUGAGCGGGCGGAGCCCAGCCCCUCUCUCCUGCCUUCCUGGAGGUUCGCUAAUUCCCCCGGCUGCGGUCGACCCCGCUUUCAUGUCCCUGGUGGGCACAGCACCCCGGAACCUCCACCCCCAUGGCCACUAACCUGAGGUCGACCACUUUCAACUCCGGUCCUUCCUCGACCGAAGCUGACGACGAAGGCGUGCAAGGCACCUGCGAGGAUGCUUCUAUCUGCAAGAGGUUUGCAGUGAGCGUUGGCUACUGGGAUGACCCUUACCUCCAGCACCUUGUGAGGCUGAGCAAAGAGAGGAAGGCCCCUGAAAUUAACAGAGGAUAUUUUGCUCGAGUCCAUGGCAUCAGUGAGCUGAUAAAGGCAUUCCUCCGGAAGACAGAGUGUCACUGUCAGAUUUUAAACCUUGGGGCUGGGAUGGACACCACCUUCUGGAUAUUAAAGGAUCUAGAUCUUCUCCCAGAUAAAUAUUUUGAAGUCGACUUCCCACUCAUAGUCACGAGAAAGGUGCACAGUAUCAGGUCCAGGCCGCUCCUGUCAAAGCCCAUUUUAGAAUUACAUUCAGAGGACACACUUCAAGGCGAUGGACACAUGUUGGAUUCGAAGAGAUACGCCCUUAUUGGAGCAGACCUUCGAGAUUUAGCCACACUGGAAGAGAAACUAAAGAAAUGUAACAUGAACACACAGUUGCCGACACUCCUGGUGACCGAGUGUGUGCUGGUCUACAUGACUCCGGAGCAGUCUGCAAACCUAAUCAAGUGGGCAGCCAACAGUUUUGAGACCGCCAUGUUCAUCAGCUACGAACAGGUGAACAUGGAUGACCGGUUUGGGCAGAUCAUGAUCGAAAACCUUCGGAGACGACAGUGUGACCUGGCGGGGGUGGAGCCCUGCAAGUCCUUAGAGUCCCAGAGGGAGCGGUUCCUGUCGAACGGGUGGGAAACGGCGUCGGCCGUGAACAUGAUGGAAUUGUACAGCAGGCUACCUCGGGCCGAAGUCAGCAGGAUCGAGGCCCUCGAGUUCCUGGACGAGUUGGAGCUCCUGGAGCAGCUCAUGUGCCACUACUGCCUGUGCUGGGCCACCCGCGGGGGCAGCGAGCUAGGCCUGACGGAGAUCACUUGCUAACCUGGUCAACGCAGAAGCUGCAGCCGCCGACCUUCCCGGAGCUGACAUGCGGGGCCCAGAGUGCUGGCCAGGCCCCGUCUCCG